GAUUUCCGCGGGUUCUGUACUUUGUCAGCAGCAGCGGUCCUCCACCAUUUCGCUGCGUAAAGUCUCCUCCCCGCGACCGCUACAUUCUGCGCCGAAACCCAGUCUCUCCCGGUCCGUAUUUUAACUUCUUCCCACAGACCUAGUGGUACCUCGUUGGGUACCGGGAGACAGUUUGGAUUACUGGCAUUACGGAUUGAGUGCGAUUUUACGCGGAUGACGACUCCUUCAGCGAGAAUUUAGUAAAAGAAAAUCGGUCGGAAAUUUCAGAAUAUGUGGAGGGGACCCUAACUCAGCAUCCUGGAAGUAGAAAGCACAGAAGAUCUGUGUCUCACACCACAGACAGGUGCCGUGUGUAGCCGGGGCAGCACAGAGGAAGGAAGCUCUGGGGAGGAGGCGGCGCGGCAGCGUGCCUCUCCGGCUGUGGAUGUGCUGGGUGGUAACCCCCAGGCUGCACAGAAUGUGGCUGGGGAGACACCUCGGCAUGCCCCGCAGCCGGUCGCCGCUGCCCCCCGCCCGGUCCCUCCACUCGCCAAUCUGUCCGCUGUGCUGCCGCUGCCGGAGAGGAACGACUCCGCGUUCCUCGGCACGGAGAUCACCGCCGCUCAGACCGCGCUGCCCGAGACUACGGACGGCGUCUCGGAAGAAGUCGUCAGAGUCUCCAGAUCGGAAACCUCCGCUGAGAUGCAAAGGCUCCCGGCUCCCCUUUGCCCCGCUCUCGCCCCGGAAACACAGAACGACAGCACAGUGCAGGAGCUGCAAUACGGGUCACAAACUGAUAAAGAGAAAAGCCACUCAAAGAGUCAGCCGAACCAGAUUCAGCCACCUCGAGAAGGACUUGUGGUUAUUACGGGGGCGAAGCAGAAACAGUCCGUCGCAUUGGAAUAUAAACCAGAGACUGGAACGAUCGUGGAGGAGCACACAGGCGGGAAUAUUCACCUCCAGCCGCGGGCUCAGAUCUGUUUCACCGCCCCCUCUCCAUCUCCAUCUGUCCCACAAUCAGGUGUCGGAUUUAAAGUCCCGGACACGGCAGAGCACGGGGCAGACAGGGACCCACUCGCUACUCAAGGCAGCCAUAAACCCAAACACCAGGACUCGAAACCGCCUUUACCCUCACCCAGCAACAGUGAGAUUAAACAAACUGACCUGUCGAAAACACAACCGAGAAUCAUCAGAGAGGUCUCAGCGGACGCCAGAGGAAAUUCUCUGGAGCCGGUUGAGAUGUUUGAGCACGUUAAAGAGCUCGUUGACUCCUCUCACACAGAAACACAACCUCCCUCAGCUGAAAUACUUGAGACUCCAAAGGCAGGAGAGCUGCUUGCUGGAUUACACACAAAAGGGAGCUCGGCGUCCAGCGGCGCAGCUGGCAGAGACGACGGAGACAUCCAGAGCAGCGUGAGGGUGGAACAAACUGACGCCUCCUCGUCCGACUUCACAAUGCUGCCAGAGUGCUCUUCUUCUUCUUCUGCACAGGAGAGCUGCUCCAAACCCUCCGCUGCUCCCUCUCUGUUCCACACGGGCCUGAGGCUGCAGGUUGUGGAAGCAGAAACAUCUCACCCCUCGGACCAGCUCCCCACAGCAGACACCGAGCUCUCGGUGCACUCGGCCGAAACUCAAGAAAUCGUGGUGGUGAGAGAGGAGGCUCACAUCAGCGGGGACUGGUCCAGCAUGCACCUGAACCAGAGUUACCUGCUGCAGCGGGAGGACGGCAGCGUGUGCCAGGCCGCCAUCGUGAACACCGGGGAACCAAAGCUAUACGGAGAAGGUGUUCAGGCCGACAUGGAGCUGGACUCUCAGCCCGUGGAGGUGUAUCAGUUUUGCACACUGGUGGAGGACGUGGCGGAGGAGACGGUGUGUGCCAGCGGGAGUGCACAGAUGCCUCACUCCCCGGGAUACGAGGUGAACUUAUUCAACGCGUUACUAGAACACUCUGAGGACCUCGAGCCGUCUAUUCACACCAUUAAUGAAGGCGGCACUGUCAUUAUCUCCCAGCAGCUCCUGCCUUCAUCACACGAUGCAAAUCAGAGCAGCAACUCCCACCAUUUGUCCAUACAGACCACGAGGACGACUGGGCACCAUGUGGUGUUAGACGCUCGCCAAGCGGUCGAAGUGGCGAACUCGAGCGAGGUUUGUUUAGUUGAAGUGACUGCUGAGUCGUUCAGUCCUCAGAUCGUGACGUCGUGCUCGCAGGUCAGUGAAAAAACCUCGAAACACGAAGCAGAAGCAGGCGGAGCACUUUCUCUCAUAUCUCCUGGUGGCGAGGCUGCAGGGACGGAGUCACCCGUCGCUGUUUCCUCUCUGAAUCAAACUGUAAGUGCCACAAAGCGCGAGGCCUCCGUUUCUUCCCACGAAGGGACCAAAGACGCCGCCGCUUUGACAGAGACUCUCUCGCAGAGCGUCCAGAAUGUUCCCGCAGAAACCAAACCAGAGGCUCUCCGCACCGCUCUCUCCUCUGGGAUUAUAAAUCCAAAGCUGCUCCUUCUUAAACCGGGAGAAACUCCGAUCCUGAAACACCCACCCUCCCUUCUGCUGUCCAAGAAGCAGGAUGCUGCGUCUGGCAGACUGGCCAACGCUCACAGCUCCUGGUCGGCCACCGUGUCUGAGGAGUGCCUUCCCAAAACUGUCCCGGACUCUCUCCGUGUCUCUCCCGUCAAUAAAACUUCUGUGUCAGCAGCUCAGCCCGCCGCCAGCGAUCACUCACUCCAACUAGUCGCCCCCGCAACCUCAACAAGCAAACCUGACAAAGAGGCCUUAAAUGUUACUGAAACUUCACACAAAGCGUCCCAAGACGCCGCGCCGAACGCCCUCUACGUGCUGUCGGCGUCAGGUGCAGGCAUGGCGUCUGACGAGCCCGCCACCGGCCAAUCAGACUCCCUCUACGUGGAGGAGGAGAGCGAGGACAUGGAGCAGGACGAGCCAAUGGGAGACGCCGAGGCUCAGGAGACGUCGGGACAGCUCAGCAGCCCCGACGAAGGCAGCGACGACGAACCGGACGGAGACAAGACGGAGAGCGAGAUGACCACGCCGAGCUCGCCACACCAGCAUGGACAGAGCAGCACAGACAGAAAGACACUGUUCCACAAGGUGCGUCAGUGGAUCUCAGACCGGGUCACGGCGAACUCCUCCCCCGUCUCUCCCUCCACCUCCUCGUCCUACGCCGGCCCCUCGCCGUCCAGCGACUGGUCCACGCCGCGGCGGGAGAAGUCCUCGCUGCUGCUCCGCGGGCCUCACGGGAAGUUUGUUUCUCCUUCGUCUGUCGGAGGCUACAGCUCCUCCUCGUCCCCGCCCGACCAGUCUGGAGCUCACAGAGCCCGAGGAGAGAGACACACCGACAUGGCCGAGCUCGCUAAACACGAAGCGGACAUCGAGCACCGGACCCAGUCCAUGAAGCGAGAAGGAUUCUGGUCCAUGAAGCGUCUGACGCGCCUCACGGAGCCGCCGCGGCCCAAAGUCCACUGGGACUACCUGUGUGAGGAGAUGCAGUGGCUCUCUGCAGACUUUGCUCAGGAGAGACGCUGGAAGAGAGGCGUGGCCCGGAAGGUGGUUCGGAUGGUGAUGCGACACCACGAGGAGCUGAGGCAGAAAGAAGAAAAGGCCAAGAGAGACGAGCACGCCAAGAUCAGGAGAGUAGCUUCAUCCAUCGCCAAGGAGGUCCGGGCGUUCUGGAGCAGCGUGGAGAAGGUGGUGCAGUACAAGCAGCAGUCCCGGCUGGAGGAGAAGAGGAAGAAGGCUCUGGACCUGCAGCUGGACUUCAUCGUGGGACAGACGGAGAAAUAUUCGGACCUCCUCAGCAAGUCUCUGGCUCCCUCCAGACCUGCAGAAACAGAACCAGAACCAGAAGCCGUCCCUCAGACGCCUCACAAGUCUGCAGCACCUGCCAUCGACGAGGAGGACAGAGACUUCGAGCCUCCCUGUGAGGAGGAGGACGACGAGGAGACCAUCGAGGUGGAGGAGCAGCAGGAGGGCAACGACGCCGAGAGCCACCGGAGAGAGAUCGAGCUGCUGAAGGAGGAGGGGCUGCUGCCACUGGACCAGCUGCUCAGCACGCUCAAACUGCCACAGGAGUCUGGCUCCGACGAAGAAUGCUCCGAUGAAACGUCUUCAUCAGCUGAGGAGGAAGAGGAAGACGGAGAAUUCACUGCCAACGAAGAGGAUGCGGAGGACGAGGAGGACACCAUCGCUGCUCAGGAGAAGGUGGAGGGGAACGUGGACCACGGGGAGGAGCUGGACGAUCUGGCCAGAGAAGGCGACAUGAGCGUGGAGGAGCUGCUGGAGAAGUACAAAGGAGCGUACGCCUCCGACUUCGAGGCUCCGUCUGCAUCCGGAUCCAAAGAAAGCUCCGAGUCGGAGGAGUCCGGGGACGAAGAGGAGGAGUCGGAGGAGGACGAGAGCGACGUGGAGAGCAACUCCUCCUCCUCAGAUUCUCCAGGAGACAGCGGAGACGACGACGACGACGACAGUGAGGAGAGCGAGGAGGAGGAGGAUGACGGCUGUGGGGAUGAAGGGAUGGAGGUUCUGCUGAAGGAGGGAGACAACAGCCCUCCGGCCUCCAGCUCCAGACCCAAGAAGGAGAUCAGCCACAUCGCUGCCACCGCAGAGAGUCUGCAGCCCAAAGGCUACACGCUGGCCACCACCAAGGUGAAGACUCCGAUCCCGUUCCUGCUUCACGGCACGUUACGAGAGUACCAGCACAUCGGCCUGGACUGGCUGGUCACCAUGUACGAGAAGAAGCUGAACGGGAUCCUGGCAGACGAGAUGGGUCUGGGCAAGACCAUCCAGACCAUCGCUCUGCUGGCUCACCUGGCCUGUGAGAAAGGUAACUGGGGUCCUCACCUCAUCAUCGUCCCCACCAGCGUGAUGCUGAACUGGGAGAUGGAGCUGAAACGUUGGUGUCCCGGAUUUAAAAUACUCACGUACUUCGGCAGCCAGAAGGAGAGAAAGCUCAAGAGACAGGGCUGGACGAAGCCGAAUGCUUUCCAUGUGUGCAUAACUUCGUACAAGCUGGUGCUGCAGGACCACCAGGCGUUCAGGAGGAAGUCCUGGAGGUACCUGAUCCUCGACGAGGCCCAGAACAUCAAGAACUUCAAGUCCCAGCGCUGGCAGAGCCUGCUCAACUUCAACAGCCACCGGCGGCUGCUGCUGACGGGAACGCCGCUGCAGAACAGCCUGAUGGAGCUGUGGUCCCUGAUGCACUUCCUCAUGCCGCACGUGUUCCAGUCGCACCGCGAGUUCAAGGAGUGGUUCUCCAACCCGCUGACGGGGAUGAUCGAGGGCAGCCAGGAGUACAACGAGGGCCUGGUGAAGAGGCUCCACAAGGUGCUGAGGCCCUUCCUGCUGCGGAGGAUCAAGAUCGACGUGGAAAAGCAAAUGCCCAAGAAAUACGAGCACGUGGUUCGCUGCCGGCUCUCCAAGAGACAGAGAUUCCUCUACGACGACUUCAUGGCUCAGGCCUCGACUCGGGAGACGUUGGCCAGCGGUCACUUCAUGUCCGUGAUCAACAUCCUGAUGCAGCUCCGUAAAGUGUGUAACCACCCGAACCUGUUCGACCCGCGGCCCAUCCAGUCCCCCUUCAUCACGCAGCCCAUCGUGUUCCACACGGCCUCCCUGGUGCAGGACGCCCUGGAGGUCCUCCCUCUCAAGCGCUGCGACCUCUCCAUGUUCGACCUCGUCGGUCUGGAGAGCCGAGUGUCUCGCUACCAGGCCGAUAUUUUCCUGCCACGGCACAAGGUCAGCCGCCAACUGAUCCAGGAGAUCGUGGAGUCCCCGGACCCCCCUCCCCGACCCAAACCGGUCCGCAUGAAGGUCAACAGGAUGUUCCAGCCGCCUCCUAAAAGUGAUAACCGACCCGUUCUGCUGAUGAACAAGCCGACCUGCUCCGUGCCGCCUGCGGCUCAGACGCCCAAACCUCCUCCGGUGAUGGAGGUGGCCUCGACGCCUGCAGCCGCCCCCGUGGUGCAGCAAGUGGUGUGUUCUGUGGCGACGGCGGCCCCGCCCCGCCCGUCCCUGCACCCCUCCGCUCAGACCGCAGUGAGAUCGAGCGCCCCGAAGCCGGUUCUGACCGUCCGGCCCCCCACCGCCUCCUGCACCGCCAGCAUCCCGGCUCACCCCAGCCCCAACCCCACCAACGUGCUGCCCCAGAGGGUCCUGCUCAGCCCCGACAUGCAGGCCAGGUUACCCUCCGGUGAGGUGGUGAGCAUCGCUCAGCUGGCCUCUCUGGCGGGCCGGCCCGUCUCGUCCUGUCAGGGCAGUAAACCCGUCACCUUCCAGCUGCAGGGCAACAAGCUGACUCUGUCUGGAGCUCAGAUCCACCAGGUCCCAGCAGCGUCCCCUCGCCCAGUGCAAGGUAACGUGAUGCACCUGGUGUCCAGCGGCGUGCAGCACCACCUCAUCAGCCAGCCGGCGCCGCUGGCGGUCCAGAACUCGGGUGGCGCUCAUCCAGCGAACGCCGCCGCCGCUCACAACGCUGCAGCUCAAGUGGCGCCCUCCCUGGUGAGCAGCCCCGGCGUGGUGAAGAUCGUCGUGCGUCAGACAUCAGGCAAGGACGGCGGGCCGGUGCCCACGCUGGCCGUGGCCCCCUCCCCUCGUGUUGCUCCUCAGGCCUCCCCCUCCCCCCACCCCCACGCCACCGCCCCCCCUGUCAGAACCGCGGCCCCGCUGCAGCUCGCCCAGCGCUCCCCCGGCCCCGCCACCGCCCACUACACUAUCGCUCCCCCCGGGAACCCUAGCCCCGCCCCCAACCAGCCCCACCCCCCUCGCCCCGUCCUCAAAGUAGUGCAGCCUCCUGCAGCGAGCACGGAGCCGCCAGCUCCAGUCCAGGUGUCCUCCUCGUCCUCCUCAUCCUCUGUGUCCAAGUCUUCAGCAGCAACACGAGACGCCAGCAGCAGCAGCCAGACGCCCGUUACCUCCAAGUCCAGACCCAGCACGGCUGCUAAGUCCUUCCCUGCACGCCGGAGAGUCCCCCGCCCCCCGCCGCGCUCUCCGUUCCACAUGUCGUGGCUGUCCGACAGCUACAAACAUCAGCGUGACAGCCGGCUGGACUUCAUCUUCCGGGUCAACGAGAACCGCUGUGCAGCGAAGCCCAUGUACGGCCGCGAGGUGCUGGACUUCCUGACGUUCCUGCCCGGCCCCCGGCCCUCUCCGGCCCCUCUGAGCGCUGAGGGGGAGUGGGGCCGCUCGGGACAGGCCAGCUGUCUGUUCGCUCAGUGGCAGAACAAGUUCGACCUGUGGUUCCAGAGCCACGCGGUGAGGGAGGCCAUCCACAGCGUGGAGGAACGUCUGGAGCUGCUGAAGGAGGUCGUAGACAGGUUUACGUUUGCGAUCCCGCCGGUGGAGGCUCCUCAGAUCUCCAUGCACUGCUGCCACCCUCCUCCGUCUCUGAGCCACCACCAGACAGUCUUCUCCUCCUUACUCUCCUCUCAAGUCACUCCGCUCACUCGCAGUCUGCACCGGAUCCAGUGCAACAUGAGGACGCAGUUCCCCGACCUCAGGCUCAUCCAGUACGACUGCGGUAAGCUGCAGACUCUGCACACGUUGCUGAGGAAGCUGAAGACGGGAGGCCACAGAGUUCUGAUCUUCACUCAGAUGACUCGAAUGUUGGACGUGUUGGAGCAGUUCCUCAACUACCACGGACACAUCUACCUCCGCCUGGACGGCAGCACCAGGGUGGAGCAGAGACAGUCUCUGAUGGAGCGCUUCAACGCAGAUCGUCGUAUCUUCUGCUUCAUCCUGUCGACUCGCAGCGGCGGCGUGGGCGUGAAUCUGACCGGCGCCGACACCGUCGUCUUCUACGACAGCGACUGGAACCCGACGAUGGACGCUCAGGCUCAGGACCGCUGCCACCGCAUCGGCCAGACCAGAGACGUCCACAUAUACAGGCUGAUCAGUGAGCGAACGGUGGAGGAGAACAUCUUAAAGAAAGCCAACCAGAAGAGGAUGCUGGGAGAUAUGGCCAUCGAAGGAGGAAACUUCACCACCGCCUUCUUCAAACAGCAAACGAUCCGCGAGCUCUUCGACAUGAACGAAGGAGAGAAGAGGGAGGCGGCCGUGGAGCUGACGGUGGCGCAGAACUACGAGGAGGAGAACGUCAGCAAGCAGAGCACCACCAUCCUGGAACAGGCUCUGUGUCGGGCGGAGGAUGAGGAGGACAUCGUUGCUGCGUCUCAGGCCAAAGCGGAGCAGGUGGCGGAGCUGGCUGAGUUCAACGAGAACAUCCCGCUGGACGACGGGGCGGAGCAGGAGGAGGUGGAGGAGCUGUCCAAGGCCGAGCAGGAGAUCGCCGCGCUGGUGGAGCAGCUCACGCCCAUCGAACGAUACGCCAUGAACUUCCUGGAAGCUUCGCUGGAAGACGUCUGCAAGGAGGAGCUGAAGCAGGCAGAGGAGCAGGUGGAGGCGGCGAGGAAGGGUCUGGACCAGGCGAAGGAGGAGGGUCUGAAGCUGCACGCCUCCUCCGACGAAGACGACGACGACUUCCUGUCAACGCCGGCGUCCGUGGAGCCCGCCCAGCCGGCCCGCCGCGGCCGCAAACCCAAAGACAAGGAGAAGGUGGUGACCUCGACCAGGACCAGCGGCCGGCUGCGCGGCGCCUCUCCCGACACCGAGCCGGAGCCCGCCGCCCCCCGAGAAGUGCCUGAGAGACCGCGCUGUGGGCUGAGAGGACGAGCGGCCGCCAAAGACUCCGUGUCCCCCCCCUCGUCCCACCACAAGACCUCCUCCUCAUCCACCAGGACCCAAGACUCCUCCAGGUCUACAAAAGCUUCGUCUCCUGCCAGAGAUCACCAGAAAACCAGGACUCUGCCGAACCGGGGCCACCCCAGUCCAGUGCCUUCCCCGCCGACCGCCUCGCCUCCUGCAGGGAGACCGCCGUGUGAGACCUCCAGAUCCUGCAGAGACGAGCAGGAGGGCGAGAACGAGGUAUCCGAGUCCUUGCUGGAGUCCGGCUGCCCAGACCACCAGGUGAAGGACGAGGACUCCAAAGACCACAUGUCCCCGCCCUCCACCAGCUCCAGGUCGCCUCGUAAGCGCCAGUCAGCGGACGGGGAGGUCCUGCGGGGGCUGGUGGAGGACUCGCCGUCCGCCAAAGUCCUGCGGAAGCUGCCGGGGCGGCUGGUGACCGUGGUGGAGGAGAAAGAGCCGAGGAGGAGGCGGCGGCGAGGCAGCGGCACGGGGGGCGGAGCUUCUUCAGAAGAGGCGACGGUGGAGGAGAACACAACCGGGCUCACGGAGGAACCGAACAAAGACAACAACAUGUCCCCAAGCCCCGACAGCAAAACUAAAGUCAUCAAAUCCCCCCAGGACCAGGACUCCACCCCGAGCCCGCCAGUACAGCUGCCGCCGGUCCGGAGCUACCCGCCGUACUCGCCACCACAUCUGGCGUCUCCGGACAUGCCCGUGCUGAGGAAUCUCCCCGUCCGGCGCCGGCUGGAAACCGAGUCUCGCAUGGCGGCUCAGCUGGGGGAGCAGCAGCAGCUCCUGGGCCGAGGACGAGGAUCCAACCAGUCCAGGAAGACAGACAAAGACGCCACGUCACCGGAGAACUCUCUUGGCGCACCUCUGAAGAGAAAGCGGGGCCGGCCCCCGAAGACUCCCCUGAGGCUACCGGAGAGCGAUAACACCUUGGUGGUACCUUCGCCACAGCCCACCUCGCCUACUGAAGAAGGGAACCCGCCUCUGUCCCCGAAACGUAAGAGGGGACGUCCUCGGAAAGACUCCACCACCACGCCAGAGACCAUUGGCGAGGAGCAGGACUCUAAAAACGAGCCGGCCAACAGCAACACGUCUGGUGAAGCAAAAACUGAUGCUAGCUCAGAGCCGACUAACCCGGAGACGCCUGCAGCUGCUGUCACUACAAAUCAGGACUCCCAGAGCACCAAACCUGAGGAGACAGACACUACGACUGCUCCACCUCCAGCUCCAGCAGCAGAUAUUCCUUCCACGCCUGCUGCAGCUUCAGUCGCUGCUCCUGCACCCUCUGCUGCAGCCCCGUCUGUCAGCUCAGCUCCAGCUCCUCCCCAGCUGUCCUCUGCAUCCUUUGCCACACUUUCUGCAACCCCUGUGACCACACCUCCACCUGCCAGCACCAUCACAUCACCUCCUCAAAGUGUGAAAUUUCCACUCGUGGUUUCCUCUGCUACAGUUCCUGCAGAGCCAAAACCUUCUACAACUGUGAAAACUACUGGACCAGAGUCUGCCAAAGCCACCACACCUCCCCCUCCGGCUGCUCCCACUCCAUCUCCAUCAUCUGUUGCACCAGUCCCCACCACUAUAACCACCACAGCUGCAUCACAGACAGUCAGUGUUACACCAGCAGUCACCACUACAGUGAGAUCAGUCACAACUACAACCUCUGCUGUGAAGAACUUGCAGGAAGCAUCAACACUUUUAUCUACCAUUUCUACUCCAGCUGCUGUACCCUCCACACCUCCCAUAGCCUCCAGCCCAGCUCCUCUAACUUCAGUCUCAGCUCCCAUACCCUCCACAGCUCCCAUAGCCUCCAGCCCAGCUCCUUUAGCUUCAAUCUCAGCUCCUGUACCCUCAACACCUCCCAAAGCCUCCAGCCCAGCUCCUCAAGCUUCAAUCUCAGCUCCCGUACCCUCCACAGCUCCCAUAACCUCCAGCCCAGCUCCUCGAGCUUCAAUCUCAGCUCCCGUACCCUCCACAGCUGCUGCAACCUCUGCUCCAGCUCCUCUAACUUCAACCCUCGCUCCCAUAACCUCCCUAGCUCCCGCAACUCCCACCCCAGCUCCUCUAGCCUCUCCUCCAGCUCCUGUGACCUCCACUGCUGCACCUGUAACCUCUCCUCUAGCUGCCACCCAGAAGGUUUCAGCUGCAUCUUCACCGAAACCUCCCCCAACAUGUUCCCCUUCUACAGCUCCAACUAUGACAACAACAACAACAGUAAAAACAGUCCAAACAAAUCCAUCGAACUCAGCAAGUCUGAGCCCAGUCCCCUCUGCAGGUCCUUCUGCAACAGCAUCAGUAAAAACAGUCUCAUCAUCUGCUGCAAAUACAGCUCCACCUUCUUCUUCUUCUUCUCAUGCACGGACUAAUGUGACACCGACCAAAGUCCUGACAAAACCAGCCUCACCUUCAGCAGCUCCAGCGUCUGCUCCGGUGGUUGGCUCCUCCUCUACAAAACCUCCUGCAACACCAACCCCUAGAUGCACUCCUCCUCUUGCAGCUGCAACGCCUGCUAGUGUAACUCCUGCUGCCUCUGCAAAGACGGUUACAGUGACUCCAUCACCCCCGACUGAGAAAGUCCAAGUGCCGCCUCCUGUAGCAGCAGCAUCCCCUUCUAAAGAACACACAGCGACCCCCCCUGCUGCACCUGCAGAACAGACUGUCAAGAUCUCACCUCCAGUAGCAGUUUCCACAGGUGCUGCAGCAGCUCCAGCAGCUGCACCGCCCACAGAAAAGUCAGUUAAAGUUGCCCCCCAAGAAUGCACGACUGCAGCAGCCUCAGUGUCAGCAGCAGCAGCAUUCCCCUCUGUGUCCACCACGCAAACAGCUGCAGCUUUUCCCCUGCAGGUGCAGAGCUCUGACGUGCCCACGUCGGCCCAGACAGAGACCUCGCCACGCCCACAAACAUCUUCUCCUUCUCCUGUUUCAGCUGAGAAGCAAUCUGCAGAUCAGACGAAGAAAGCAUCCGAAAGUGACCCAGACAGGGUGACAGACAUGGAUGUAGAGGCUGGAGCCAAGACGAGCGAGAAGGAGGAGGAGAAAAAGGAGGACAUGCAUCAGGCUAAAAAGAGAAAGGUGGAGAGUUCCUCUGAGACCAAAGAGUCUGGAGCGCAGAGAGAAGAAACCAAGCAGCAGGAGGUGGACAAAGCUCCUGAAGACGAGAAAACUCCCAUCCAGAAAAGACCUCUGAGUCGAUCGAGCAGCCAGGACUCCACCCGCUCCUCCUCGCCAUCCUCCGGCUGCUCCACGUCCACGCUCACUCGCCAUGCUCACCACAAGAGGACGUACGAGAACAGACACCCGGCCAAGAAGAGACGCAUGGACGUGACUUCAGAAACGGGACAGGAGGAGACAAACACGGAGGGCGGGGCCAAGGAAGGAGACGAGGAGGAGCUCACCUCCGCCGCCUCCCGGGGACGACGGUCCCGGUCAUCCUCCUCCUCCUCGGACUCUGACACCAGCGAGAGCAGGAAGGAGCGCCGGCUGACCCGCUCCUCCAAACACAAGCUGCAGGACCAGGAGAGGGAGAAGGGGAGCAGCCGGGAGGGGAAGAAACCGGCACGCAGCUCCGACAGACACACUUCAAACAACGCCAACGCCUCCACCGGAGGAGAGUCCGGCAGCGACACGUCGUCUGUCCGGACCACCAGGAAGUCUGCAGGAUCUCAGCCGCCACCGGAGAGUAAAGCUCAGACCAACAGCGCGCCGCCGGAGCCCGAGGUUCUGGGGAAGAGAUGCUCAGCGCUCAACGCAGCGGCAAAGCUUCUAGCGAUGAAAGGCAGGGUGGACACCCCGGGGCACAUGAGGAGAGACUCGGGGGCUAAAGCCGCCGCGACUUCUGACAAGAACCAGAAGUCUAAGAGUAAAAGCGUGCCCGCCUCCCCUCAGAGCAACUCUGUGACUAAUAAUAAAAGCAGCGGCAGCAGUAAACCCUCGCCGCCCAACCAGACAAGCCGGCCUCCGUCCCGCUCCACCAGACAGUGCCCCGGCUCUCUGGUCCCGCCCCUGGAGGUGGAGUACAAGAGGACUAAAGCGGAGGAGAAGAGGAGAAGCGGGGGGAAAGAAGGCGGUGAGGCGGAGGCUCAGCCGUCGUCCCGGGGCCACAGCGCCUGCAGCAGCAUGAGCAGCGACGGCGAGGGAGAGGGGGGCGGCGGCGGUGGCGGGCGCAGCAGCCGGAGCCGCAGCAGCAGCAGCAACAGCAGCCAGCGAACCCGCAGCAUCAGCUCGCAGAACACGGAGCGCCGCGAGUCCCGCGCCGCCUCCUCCGGCAGCGAGCGGGACCGCAGCUCGGAGAGCAGCCGGAGGAGCCAGAGCCGCUCCCAGAAGCUCCCGCAGGAGGCGCCCGGCGGCUCGGGGGCAGCGGAGGGCACGCCGGACAGGGUGCUGCGCAGUGUGGCCGCACUCGCCGCCGUGCAGGCCCGCUCGCCUGCCGCCAGCACCCGCUCCUCCUCCGGACAGCACCGACACAACAAGACAUGAUCGCAGUGCCAAAAGGGAAAACGAGAGCGUGUCGCGACCUCCGACAGGCUGCUGCUCUGUGACGGGGGGACGGAGUGAGACUGCACGAGCCUCAGAGACCUCCUGCUGCUGCACGGCCCCCCUUUACUGGAGCUGGUCCUCCCGCCAGCUCAGCCACCGUCAGCUGGGGGAAGGCUCAGGGACGCCGGACUGAGAGUAAAAAAUUAAAAAAGAGACAGAGAGAGGGGGGGGGGGGCAGUGGAUAAAUUGACCACUGAAGGGGACAACAGGUGCAGUUGUUAGUUCACAUUAUGUACUGUAAUCAUUUAAGACUGGAACACUCAGAUUUGAUGUGUUACUGGGAGGACACGGCGCCCCCUACAGGGCCGGUAAUGAAACGUCAUCUGUGUGACAUUAAACCUUACGAGUGACCAGUUGUAUUGUAAGUUGGAGGUUUUAGAGCGUUUGGUUUCAUCAGCUGUCUAUUCUGACUAUUGUUUCUCUGUAGUCAGUGGAUAAGUUAUGCAUAUUUUAUGAUUUCUUCCAGGGUAUUAUAGGAAGAGAGUCGCUGUGACCGUCGCUGCACUAUGCUGGAGCUCGUCUUUUUGCUUGGGCCCCUCCUUUUUUUUUUUUUUUUCGUCACGUCAAGUUUUUUCUGUUCAUUGGAUUAAUAAUUUUUUUUAAAAAGAAAAAUCCAGCCUUGCAUUUCUCAUUUUGCACAUCUGAUCUUGUGGCCCUGGGCUUCUUCUUCUCUCAGUACAUUCAUUGUGGUGUAGUUAUUCAGUUUUUACAUCAACUUCAGUCAAGUUUUUUGGUUCCCGGUACCUCACGAUGUAUCUCUGCAGUUUGGAAAAUGUAUUAAAAAUGGUCUUUUUCGCUCCCAAACACAAACCCAGAGCUGCAAAAAUCUUUUCUUUUCUUCCCAGAGGCAGUUUCUAGUCACUCGGUCCACUCUGUCAUGUAUUUAUAUGGAAAGUAAAUGAAAUUAAAGAGUGCCUCUUUGGCCAAAUGGGUUUGAACCUGAGAUUGCCUUGUGAAGCAGCUGAAGCAGGGGUGUCAAGCUUCUCUCCUUAUUUAAAAAAAAAAAAAAGCCAAACAAAUUUUUAAAAAAACCCCGGAGAUCAUCAGAAGAGCACCCCGAGCAUCAGAGCUACCAAAUUAAUGUUUUAUUAUUUUUCACCAGACUUUGUUUCUCUGUCACCGUCACUUCAUCGCUUCGUUCAUGUAAAGAAAAAAAAAACUACUUGGACAAAAUAUGUGAAUAAAAUUACUGGUACAGUUCCAGAUGACUGUAAA